CAUCACGUGACUGCAAGACGACCGACAUGAUGCACCGUUGCACCACGAGUAUGGACUGUUUACAAGUUCAGGGCAGGGUUUUUGGGAUGAUCCAACAAUCUAAGAAUUUUCAAAAAUAUCUUGAGAAAUAGGAAACAGUGCAAUGGGGAGCUAUGUCAUAUUUAAUUUUACGUAAGCAAUAAAUGCCUAGCUAAAAUGGUUAUACAGCCACGCUGUUGCUCGUAGUGUCUGUGGAAUUUCAUGACAUCGCAUAGUAAAAUGGAUGUUAUUUCUAUAAGCUCUGGGAGUGAGGAUGAUUCCGAUAUUGAGAUUGUCAGCGUUUACAAUGACACCAAACUCGAACCAAAGGAAUUCGUCAGGGAAUGGGCAAGCUUUCCAUCGCCUUACAUUGACCUUACCGAUUCUUGCUGGGAGCCACAAAAGAGGCGGAACCGAAGGAGGGGAAAUGACUCCCUAUUGGUUGCAGUGGCCGUGAGUGAUAACAGCCUAUCAGAAGGAGAGGUGGAACCACUGACCUCGGCAGUGGAACUUGCAACGCCGGAGGUCGAGCGAAAGACACUGUGUCACUCUCCGACCAAGUCCCCCGGAAAGCGGGAAAGGACUCCUGACUUUCUGGACAACCUCAUUUUGGAAAAUUGGGAAUGUUCUCAUCGUCACCCUUUACCGGAACCGAAGGAAGAGCGUCGGGACGGCAAGUCGUGGAGUUUCCCCUGGGAGUCUGACCGCCGCUCUCCCGCCGAGAGUCCGUCAGAGGAAGAGGGAAUUCCCGGAUCUCCACUCUCUGGCAUUCCGGAACCUGCGCGGAUUCCCCGGACUACCAAAACCGAGCAGGAGACUCCGGGAUCUCCGCGACCCGUGACUGUCGCCCCCGGCGUUUCGGACGGAAUACCAGCUCUGACUGCGGCAGGAUCGCGGCUGGAAUGCGAAACCGAUAACGCAGUCCGGGACGCGGGGGCGAAGGCGAGCCCUCUGCCCACAGGAGGAAGUGUGGGCGAGUCGGAGGGAGAGGAGGACAAGGAGCCGGGAGACCAGGGGAACGACUUCCCAGACUACCCCGAGGCCGCCUCUCCCCUGAGCCCCUUCAGCCCGUACUACUGCCCCAGUGAGAUCGACUCCCGGCUGUACUCCGACGGCUCCAGCAUGCACUGCUCGCGGGACGGCGAGGACCUGGACAGCCCGCCCCCGACCCCGACCACCCCGCCGCAGGGCCCAAUCAGGGACCUGCUCCUGGAGGACCUGGCCUACGCAGCCUCGCCUCCCCACCGGCCGCCUGACGCGGACUUCUUGAGUGACAGGGAGCUCCAGGACCCGCCCCCACCCACACCCUCACCCGGACCACCCCCUUUCUCUCCGGGGUUCGAUCAGUCCCCCCCCCGGCUCUCCCCCGCUCUCCGGCCCAGCGUGAGGUCCGUGUCCCCCACCUCUACAGAGAUACUCGCCAGCGACUCGCCUGAUUGGCUGGGGGACGAUGCUGAGCCGACCGGUCGCAGCCCUGCCAGCCUCCUCAGCAGCGGGGAGAUGGGCAGCGAUCCCCGUUGGUCCAGCCCUGGAGCCGAGAGCCCUGCACACAGCUCGGGGCCUGGGGACAGCGAGGGGGAGGAGCUAUCAGAAACGGAGGCGGGGUCUGGCUCCAGGGAGGCCAGUCGGAAAGACAGACAGUAUGUGUCGCGAACCCAGUUAAACAGGCUGAAGCGUUUAAUGGGGAGGCCUCUACAAGAGUCGGUAUGGAGAACUGCGCAAUACACACACACACGCACACACACACACAUGCUCAUAUACAUUCCCAAACCUUGUACACAUACUAAUAUACUCACUAAUAUAUUACACAUAAGCAUUAGACACUCCUUUUUCCACACACUCUCAAACCAUACAUACUCACGUGUACAUGCACAGUUUUCACACCCGCAAUCAUGUUUAGAUUUGCAUAGAUCACAUCCUGGCCCGGUUUAUCCGUCACCCUGCUACAGCUAGCCUCUUUGUCCCUCU